CGGGAAUCUGUUCAUUGAAGGAAACCUAAGUUUUUUAACGGAGCUUUUGGAACAGAAGAAGCAGGAGGGUUUUUUUCCACCAAGUGACAGUCACUGAGCAACAAUCUACCCCUCCUCCUUUCCCCACCUGCAAGGUCUUCUGCCCGGCUGAAAUCUUUCCUUUAAUUGCAUCUCAUCUUGGAGGGCGCCUAUUGCAAAUCCCUGGAUUAAAAGAUUUACUGCUGCUCCCUUGAAUAGAUGAACUGAGCCAUGAAGCUGGCUGUCUUUUUCCUUCUACUCCUGCCACUAUGCUUGGCCAAGCCAUUCCAUCAAAGAGGAUUGUUUGACUUUAUGCUUGAAGAUGAAGCAGGUUCUGGAACACCUGAACCUACAGUGCCUCCAGGAUAUCCAGGGAUGGCAGUAUGCCCAUUCCGUUGCCAGUGCCAUCUUCGGGUUGUACAGUGCUCUGAUUUAGGACUGACUCAAGUUCCAAAAGAUCUUCCCCCAGACACUACUCUUCUGGACCUGCAGAACAAUAAGAUCACUGAAAUAAAGGAUGGAGAUUUCAAGAAUUUGAAAGAACUUCACGCACUGAUCCUUGUUAACAACAAAAUCAGCAAAAUCAGCCCCAGAGCUUUUGCACCACUCAAGAAAUUGGAGAGACUUUACCUUUCAAAAAACAAUUUGAAGGAACUACCAGAAAAUAUGCCCAAAAGUUUGCAAGAACUCCGGGCGCAUGAAAAUGAUAUCAACAAACUACGGAAAGCUGUCUUCAGUGGACUAAAUAAUAUGAUUGUUGUAGAACUGGGUACCAACCCAAUAAAAAGUUCAGGUAUCGAAAAUGGAGCUUUUCAGGGAAUGAAGAGACUUUCCUACAUUCGUAUUUCAGAUACUAAUAUAACUAAUAUCCCCAAAGGCCUGCCUUCAUCUCUGACAGAACUUCAUCUUGAUGGCAACAAGAUCAACAAAGUUGAUGCAGAUAGUCUAAAUGGGCUUGACAAUUUGGCUAAACUUGGCCUCAGUUUCAAUGACAUUGCUAGUGUGGAUAAUGGGACUUUAACCAAUGUACCACAUUUGAGAGAACUGCAUUUAGACAACAAUGACCUUUCCAAAGUACCUCCUGGACUAGGAGAGCAUAAAUACAUACAGGUGGUGUAUCUGCACAACAACAAAAUUGCUGCUGUUGGACCCAAUGAUUUUUGUCCUCCUGGAUACAAUACCAAGAAAGCUUCUUAUUCGGGAGUGAGUCUGUUCAGUAACCCUGUGCAGUAUUGGGAAAUUCAGCCAUCUUCUUUCAGAUGUAUCUAUGAACGAUCUGUAAUACAACUUGGAAAUUACAAAUAACUGCACAAAUAGAUUUUGGCUAUAGAAAUCUGUUGCCUGUUAAAAUUGUUCCAUUAAAAAUACUGAAGACUUAAGUGCAGAGUGGAUAUUAUUAUAUAUGUAGACAACCUAAAAGAUCAUUUCAAAACAAAUUGCUGCAUCUAAUUUGUUUUUAUUUGAUUGCCAGCAAAUGGUAUAGUUCUGUGGUAUCUCUGAAUUAGUUAAGCAAGAAAGGUUUCAAUAUUCCACUACAUGAGACUGAGGGUAAAUAUUUCUCAAGCUUUACAUAAUGACAAAUUAUGUAGAUAAUGUUUUCUAUAGCAGCACAAAAAUAUCACUUGGGGAGAGGAUCAGAUUAAACUUUCAGUGUUUGUAUAUUGUUUUAUUUUAGGGAAAAUUAAUCAACUGAAGCCUUAAUCAAGUCCCAUUGAUCUAAUUAUCACUUACGCCAUGUUUAAAGCCAUAUAUGCAAGGAUUUACAUUAUAUAUAGCAGAAGCAAUAUAAAAAUGUUGCUUUUGUUAGUAUUUUGGUUAAAAUAAUACUUUCUUUUGAAAUACGUUUAAUUCAUCCCAGAUAAUUCUGUGAAACAUCAGGUAAAUAUUACAUUGUCAUAUCCCUGGAUACUGUCCUUUUUGUGUUACAACAGUUAAUUUCUAAAGGAACAGUUCUUGAUAAACUAUUUUGAUCAUAAUCAUCAAGCAAUAUUAUCGUACAAUUUCCAGUUUUAGAAAACCUAAGGAAAAAAUCCUGAAUGGAUUAUGACCAAUGAACUUAAGCCAAAAUUGGGUAAUUCUCUUAAAUACAGAAGUGCAUAUUCAUCUACAUUUAGGUUUAAACAGUAUUUUGAAAUAUAAUAUAGAAAAUUAAACUAGUUCAUCUAUGUCUGGAAUGAUGUCUGGGAACAAGAAAACAUCAGCUGACUAGAACUAGCAAAGCAUUUUUAAAAUUUCUUUUUUAAAAACCAUCCGAAGUAAAACUUCUCUAUGCAUCUCUAUAACUGGCUUUAGUAGCAAACAUAUUAAAAGAAGACUGCACAUUUCUGUGGAUCACUGCCUUCAAAUUUAACGGUAUAUUUUUCCACGUGUCACCUUAAAAAUAAGUCUAGAUACCUCUUCAUUGUCCAAAAUUACAAUAUUUUCAAUGUAUGUAUGUUUUUAUAUUAAACAGUACUGGCAAACUCCAA